CUGCCCACUUCACCUACUACCAAAAUGUCUAGCAACCCUCUCGACCCUCCUAUCUACACCGCCGACCAGCCCAUGGGUCCCAACGGUCCGACGAACACCGGUGCCCAGGCUUCAGGCCAGCGAGGUGGCCAUCAUGACAACACCGGCAAUGCCUCCAACCGCGGCGGUCGCCAAGGCGGCGGCGGUUGGGGCAACCACUCUGGCAGCAAGAAGAAGUAG